AUGCCCGGUACGCUCCAAGGAAACAACGUGGAAGCACAAGGCGACACUGCAGCCGAUGACCAAACCCUGUCUUUGCCUAAAUGGAACCAGCCUAGAAUCAACGCAUACCGGUUUCUCACGACCAUACUCUGCUUUAUCAUCAUGGGUAUGAACGAUGCCUCUGUAGGAGCAUUGCUACCUUACAUUGGGGAAUACUACAAUGUCUCCUACACCGUCAUCUCGCUCGUAUUCCUGGCGCCGUUCGUGGGCUAUGUGCUGGCCGCUCUCUCGAACAAUCUCAUACAUCACUAUAUGGGUCAACGGGGUGUGGCAAUCCUAGGACCGCUCACCCGUCUUAUUGGAUACGUUCCCUUGUGUCUGCAUCCUCCAUUCGCGGCGUUGCCCCCCAUCAUGUUGUUUCCGGGUUUUGGGAACGGGAUAGAGGAUAGUGCUUGGAAUGCCUGGAUAGGCAACAUGGAAUCCGCCAACGAGCUGCUCGGUUUCAUCCAUGGUGGGUACGGGCUGGGAGCCACCAUCGCCCCCUUAAUUGCUACGGCAAUGGUGACUAAGGCGAAUCUCCCCUGGUAUACUUUCUACUAUCUCAUGGUCGGAAUGGCGUCCCUCGAACUUUGCCUCACAACUACGACUUUCUGGCGGGCGACACGCACCGCUUAUCGCCAGCAGCACGCGGUUGUGAAUGGCGGUGUCAGAACGACGACGCGGAUGGCCAUGAAGCAUCCUAUUACCUGGAUAGUCGCACUCUUUUUGCUUGGUUAUGUGGGAGCUGAGGUCAGCUUGGGCGGCUGGAUCGUCUCAUUCAUGCUCAGAGUGCGCGAUGCCGAGCCUUUCCAAGCCGGUCUAACAGUGACCUUCUUUUGGCUCGGGUUAACGAUGGGCCGAUUGAUCCUGGGCUUCGUCACAGGGAGAGUCGGCGAAAAACUGGCCAUUACCUUCUACCUCCUGAUAUCUAUUGCGCUGCAUCUGAUGUACUGGCUGAUCCCUAACUUCAUCGCUUCAUCCGUCUUCGUCGCGCUCGAGGGCUUCUUCAUUGGCCCUUUCUUCCCUGCUGCCAUUGUAGCCGCCACGAAGCUGCUUCCCAGCGAUUACCACGUCUCGGCCAUCGGAUUUGCAGCAGCGUUUGGUGGAGGAGGGGCUGCCGUGUUUCCGUUCGCGGUCGGUGCGAUUGCUGAGACCAAAGGAGUCGAGGUCCUUCAGCCCAUCGUGCUAGCCAUCUUUUUGUUCAUUUCCCUCAUGUGGUUUGCCCUACCAGGUGGUAUGCGCAGAGGCGGGCUCGAGCGUGCUCGAGAUACCAAUGAGAAUGUGGGGCAUCAGGUUGCAAUGGGUUACAGAUGGUUAAAGCAGAGGUCGGACAGGAAACAGGUGACCGAGAUCGAUCAGAGCGCAUCUUAG